GUCGAACUCUUAGCUACCCAGCUUAAAAUCUCGCCCCUCGUGUGGAUUGAAGACCUACUAUGGAGGCUCGUUCGCUCGGUCCUGCCAGAUCCCCAGGCAGGGCCAUCUACGAGCAAGAACUCGAGCGGUCAAAUCGUCAACAAAGCAACCCCGUCGUCUCGUCGGAAUCCACCUUGCUGUCCUCUAUCCGGUCGAUAUUCCCUUCAUACAACUCGUCAAAGACAGCGGUUCUCGAAUUCAAGUCAAGAGUCACUGCUUUACCUCGACCUUAUCACACAAACUUCGCUGCGAUUGAUACGUUCGAGACUCAAAUCGACGAAGAGCUCGCUUGGUUUGGGAGCAAACUCGUUUGGAGCCGAGGAUCGACCGUCUACAGGACUUUUACCUAUUAUCAAGAGAAACAAAAGGUUACGAAUGCGAUAUUCGCUCGGUUUACUCUGGAAGCCGAACCGAAAUGGCGGUCCGGUCCAGGUCCACAGAACGGGAAGGCAGAAAAUGACGAGCUGAGCUCGGAGCCCGCUAUUGCGGAAGUGAACACCGACAAGCAGAGCGAAGGACCGCAAACCUUUGGACCGUUCCAUACAUCUCAGCACGCCAAAUGGGGACGGCCAGAUAAGCACAAUGGCUCCGGACAUUCCGCUAAGGGCAAACAACAGGCGCAGCAGAGGUGCCUGGCAGUGCUACUCGAAGACUGGAUCCACGUCUACUAUCCAUCCGGUCAUGAUCUGGUUGUGGCGCUGCCAUUUCCGAUAGACGACGUAUGGGCGAUACCAUCUGGUGGGAUCAUGCUCCAGCGGGCGAUGAACAAUAGGGAGGUUGAAAGGUUGAGAUCUGCCAAGAGCCGUGAACUCGGUCCCGUCAAGAUCGCCGGUGGUAUGGAUCUCGAUGCUACGAUGGAACUGGUGUUAGAAGAAUUGGAGAUGGAUCGGAUGGAGGGGGUUUUAGGCGGGAAUGGAACCGAAGAUGCCAGGUUAUACACUCUGACACAUCCUUCGAGCGAGUUGCAAACGGUUUGCCAAAGCUGCCACAUUCCGGGAGGACGUCGCGACAUCGAAUGUCGGGACAAUUCAGUCGUGCGGCUCGACCAGGUGGAACCGCUCGAGCCCGAAAAAGAACUAAUCUGGCUCUCUGACACCAAAGAUACGAAGCUCGCUGUCUUCCACGAUCACAAAACUGACGAGAUCGUCUUUGCGCGAUGGGAAAACUGUAACGAUGAAUCGGUUGCAGAUGCGCCUAAGACCGAUCACAACAUCAAGGCUGUAGGCGGUUCUGCUAUCAAAGCUCACGAUGUUUCCACAAAACGUCCCGAUGUUCCUCUUCGACCUGGUCUCGGUCGAGUAGACAGUACUUCCGGUUCCCUCCUUGAGAAGCGGAGCUCGUUGGGCGGGUCUCGUUCGCUGGGCCGGGCGCACAACAGGCGGGUGUCAUUCAAGCCGGACGUACUCAAUCCUGCUGUCGAGAAGGCCAACCACGACCCUUUGGCGGCGCUGGAGGGAGAGACGGCCAUCAGCACAAGAAUCAAGGCAGAAGGUGACCUUGUUCGGGGUCUGCCCCAUCAACGACGGGUGUCUCAGGGGAUGAAAGAGGUAGAGAGGAAGAACAAGGUCACGUUUGACGAUUUGGAUGUUGGAGAGAAUACCAUGCUUUUCGGUAUCGAUCAACCAAAGGAUCGGAUGCAACCUGACAUGGUCAUGAUGGAGAUCCAUCGAUGGCCGCUCCCAGAUUCUACGCCUUCGCUUCAGAUCAACUUGGCGCGGAUUCGAUCCAUAUCAACAUACACGUCAGGUCGAACGCGGAACCUCUACUAUACAUAUUCCGGCUCGAGAGAGUUCAGAACGACACUCCCACUUGGAGGGCAACGGAGAUCGUCGGGCUUCCAGCAGAUGCGGCUGUUCCGAUUAUCUGCACUCGCGCCCGCAUCUUUGAUGUUCUGGUGCUGGACAAAGGAAGAGCCAAGAUCGUUACUAGUCACGGACGGUUCGUAGAGGUGAACCUGCCUGUAACUGCCACGUCGGCUCCGCCCGCUACCGGGAAGGUCCCUUGGAAGGAGGCUACAGCGAUCCAAGACUUGCUGAACCCGAUCAGCUCAAGGGUCACAUUGAAGGGAUAUGACGGUACAGAAACCUUACUGGAUCUCAACUAUUCCUCUAGUAGCAGCG